AUGCAAGAAUCUACUACCACCAAUUACGAGAUAGCAAAAAGACCAACCGACCGUUUGAAAACCGUAAAUACUGUAAAACUUCAGUUAAACUUUUAUAGAGUUAUUAUUAAGAAAAAAGUUACAAUUCAUUAUUACUCGUUUGACGUAUUUGAAACAACUAGAAAACCGGCGGGCAAAAAGGCUUCGAGAAAAGUCUACGAGUAUAUUAGGGCAAAUGAAUUUUUUGGAAGUAAUAUUAUAUCGUUUUAUGAUGGCGGGCCAAUUUACUCUACUCGACAAUUUGAAUUUGAUCACGAAGAUAAAGACCUCAUUGUCAAUCUUCCCGCUGAAGUUGAAGGAGGAAGAAAUAAAAGUUAUCGAGUGAAAAUAAGAUAUCAAGGAGAAACUGAUUUAGGAGAAAUUGUGGAUUUCACUUCUUUAAAUUCAAAUACAAAAUGGAAUAGCAAAGUUCAAUCCAGCCUUUCAUUAUUGAACGCAGCUCUAAAUUAUAUGCCCAAAUCAAUAUAUUUAUCACAAGGAAGAAGAUCAAUCUAUCCUGAUUUACCACAAUUUGAAGGGGUAAAAAUUCCUGGUGGAUUCUUGUUGAAGACAGGAAUUCAACAAGCUCUUAGACCUGGAUGGAAUGGUUUGGUAGUAAAUAUCGAUAGAAGUUCAGUAAUUUUUUAUCUUCCGGGUCCACUAAUUAAAACCAUACCAGAAGUGAUUUUCAAAGUUACUAAACGUUUAAAAACACCAAAUGAAUUAAAGAGUGGCCUAAACCCAUAUGAAUUCCGUUGUCUUGAACAUUAUCUUAAAGGUGUAAAAUUGGAAAUCACAUCAUACGGAAGACAUAGAACAAUCACUGCCAAUAAAUUAUCACAAGAUAAUGCUGCCAGGCUAAAAAUUAAUAGAAAUGAUCAAAAUUCUCAAACUAUUCAGCAAUAUUUUAAAGCUCGGUGGGGUUAUGAUUUACAAUAUCCCUGUUUACCUUGUAUUGGUGUAUACAAUCAACGUGAUAGAAGAUAUGAUUAUUUUCCAAUUGAAGUUUGUGAAAUUGUUAAAGAUCAAAAAUUCGAAGAAAAAGAUUGGAAACCACUUCCUGAAGAUACACGAAGAGAAGUUGUUCGUAAAACAUGCUUUAAACCAAUAGAUACAUUUAAAUAUAUACAAUCUGCAACAAAUGACGUUUAUAAGCACAAUGAGGAUGAAAUUUUGAAAUCGUUAGGAAUUGAAGUAGAGAAGAAUUUCAUUAAAGGUGACUUUAAUAUUAUGCCUGGGCCAAAACUUCAUACUGCUGACAAUCCAAAAACUAUUGUAGAAAAUCGUUGGAAUACUGAAAGAUUCCUAGAUGCAAAAGAAGUCAUUAAUUGGUCAGUUAUAGUAUUUGAUAGAAAUGUACAAGAUAAAACAAUAAAAGAUGCUAUGGAGUUAUUAAAAAGUACAUUAAUGGGAAAAGGAAUGAAAGUUCCUCAUUUACCAACAAUCGAAGCUUGUGAAAGAGCAAGAUUUAAUAGAAAAAGAAAACCAGAUUUAAUCAUCUGCAUAAUUUCAAAAAAUGCGGGAAAUCCAAAUAUUUAUGGUGAUAUUAAAAGAUGCGAAGCUGGAUUAGGUGUUCUAACUCAAUGUAUCUUGUCUAAUAACAUUAAUCCAAGAUUUCAAAAUAAAUGGCAAAGCACUUUUAAUAAUUUGGCAUUGAAGAUUAAUGGGAAAUUAGGUGGUGAAAAUGCUCGAUUGAGUGCCGGAAGAUCGGAAAAAGAUAGACCAAGUGUUACUGGUGUCUGUGCAUCUACAAACAAUCAUCUAACAAAAUAUGCAGCACGUUCCUCUGUAAAUAGCAAGAUUAGAAAUGAAACUAUCGAGAAUCUUCAACAAAUGACUGUAGAGUUGUUGGAGGUAUAUCGUAGCGAAAACAAUCGAUUACCAGAUCAUAUAAUAGUAUAUAGAGAUGGUGUUUCCGAAACUCAUUUUCAAAAUGUUAAAGACGAAGAAAUUACAAAAUUAAAAGUUGCAUUCGAUAUUGUUUAUUCUAAAUACAAUUGUGAAUUACCAAAAUUAACAUUUGUAAUUGUACAAAAAAGACACCAUACCAAGUCUCUGGCAUUGGAUAAUAACAGUAGGAAAUGUGACCGUAAUCAAAAUUGUUUACCAGGAACUGUUAUUGAUAAAGAAAUUGUUGUUCCACAAAAUUUUGAGUUUUUUUUGUACUCACAUUUGAGUCCUCUUGGAACUUCUAAACCAGCUCAUUAUUUUGUAAUAUUAAAUGAAGGAAAUUUCUCAUCUACAGAAAUGUAUCAUUUUACUUAUAGAUUAUGUUUCUUGUCUUCAAGAUGCAAUCUUUCCGUGUCGCAUGUAAUUCCUGUCUAUUACGCUCAUCAUUUAGUCAAUAAAGCAAAGCAUCUUGAAACAUCAUGGAAUGACAACAGUUCUAGUUCAAGUCGUGGUAGCAGUCGUAGUGGUGUAAAUAAUAGAAUUACAAGUACAAAUUGUAUAGUUAUUCAUGAUUUGCUUAAAAACACACAACACUUUAUUUAA